AGGAAGUCGAAUCAAAGAAGCGGCUAGUUCAACUUCGUCAGACUUUCUGCGACGUAAACAAACAACUUUACCCGUUAAUCGUCCAUUUAAGGUGGGGAGGCUGCAGGAAUUCUACCAAGUGACUUGUGUGACCAUUCUGUUAAGUCCACUGCUUCGUUGCUAGCCUCGUUAGCGUGUCUUGCUAACGAAGGCGAACUUAAUGUUCAGUUUUUGGGUGAAAAUGCACCUGAAUGUAAGUUCUCCGUCAUGGAGUUGAAGGACAAGGAGCUGAGUCUCAUUAACAAGGGCAUAACCAGUCAGUUCUCCUGACGACUGAUGCUUCUGUCCGUGCUUGCUUUGCUGGAUGUUUCUCUACAUUCCUCUGUAACGUCCAUCAAUCUGCACUGCAAUCACAUCCCCAAGAUCGAGGGACUGUCUCCCACUUGGCACCUGAGGCACUUGGACCUCUCCUCCAACCUCAUUUCUAAAAUUGAAGGCCUUAACUCGCUUGCCUGCCUGAGGACGUUAAAUUUGUCCUGCAACAAAAUAACCAAAGUUGAAGGACUUAAUGGACUGGUGAACUUGAUUCGGCUGAACUUGUCGUACAAUCAGAUAAAUAGCCUGACUGGCUUGCUACAUCUUCAUGGAGAGGGAUACAAGCUGAAAAACCUGAGUCUGCACAGCAACAACCUUAGCAGCAUGGACCACCUGCUGCAGUGCACACUGGGACUCAGGCAGUUACGGGAGCUCACUUUGAUUCAGCGGGGCAGAGGCAACCCUGUGUGCGAGUCACCAGGCUACAGAGACAUGAUCUUCCAAUCUUUGCCCCAGAUUUCAUAUCUGGAUGGUCUGGAUCAGCAGGGAAGUCCGUUGCACACAGACGCCGACAGUCCUUGUGAUGUUCCUGGGCUGGAGAACUACAUGGAUCUUCUUCUCUCUUCUGACACUAGUCUCAAUGAAAUGGGCCUUUUGUUGCAGGUGUCCCAUGAUGCUCCACACGUCGCACCACACCCCAAAAAACCUCUGGGUCAGCUCCAUCAGAGAGGUGCAUCUGAAGCAGUCAGAGAUUUGGCUGGAGGCUUAGGUGGAAUGAAGGACAGUGGCACCGCGGCACCAAACCCUGUUGAUGAGCAGCGCAUCAGACAACUGGAGCAGCAGGUGUCGCGGCUCAUCCAUCAGAUUCCAGCGCGGGACACCGUCACCACCAGCUGUGUAGAGCCAGUACGGAAGGCCAAAAGGGACACGGACCAAACCUCCGAGAGUGACUGCGACAGUGUCAAGGAAAACAGCCGACACAGCAGAAUCGCAAAACGUCCAAACCCCUCAAAGGCAACUAAAAAAAUCAAUCAGGGGAAGGGAUCUGAGAGCGACCAGGAGAAUCUUAAACAGAGGAGUUCAAAGCCUUCUGCAGCAGCAGCUCGGGGGAGGGCAGGCAGCUCAGGGGGAGCCAUCACUGUCGGGCCAGCAAGGCUGGAGCCGCCGAGGAGAACCAGAGCCUGCGGCGAUGUGAAAACGUGUCAGAGGCCCACUGAGGAGCAGGAUACCUACAGGGCGAUCGUGACUGAGCGCGACCAGGAGAGGGAGAGGCGCUGGAAAGCCGAGCAGGAAGUGAUGAAGCUGACAGAGGAGCUGAAGUGUCUGAAUACGAAAGUCUGCGAGGAGAAAGACCUGCAGAGCUUGACCCUGCACACCACAGACAGACUGAAAGACCUGCUGCUGAAGGAGCGAGCACAGGGUUCAGAGCUGCAGACGCAGGUGGAGAAGCUGGAGGACAGGUGUCGGUGUCUCACUCAGCAGCUGGAGCAGACGCACUGCAGCGAGGAGCAGCUGAGGACCACGCUGCACCAGCUACAGGAGAAGGUUUCCCACACAGAGACGCUGAGAGCUCAGCAGCAUGCUGAAGAGAUGAAGCAGCGCCAGGAAGGCGAGAACAAGGCGGCAGCUAUGAGGAGAGAGCUGGACCUCCAGAGAGCUUCAGCUUCCCAGCAGAAAGACAAAGUGCAGACGCUGUAUGAGCUUCUGGCCUCAAAGGAACAAGAGCACAGAAAACAGCUGGAGAUGCGGCUUCAGCCUGGAGGGGCGGAUUUUCGCGAGGCUGUGGCCAGAGAGGUUUCAUUAGCAGAACAAAACAAGGCCCAGAGGGAGGCGGAACUGCAGGAGAAGCUCGCGGAGAGCAGGAGAGAUUACGCUGCCUUGGAGGACGAGUUCCGUAUGGCGCUGAGAUUAGAAGCAGCUCGCUUUAAUGAGGUCAAAGAGGUUUGCGAUCAGAUGAGGACUGAGGUGUUGAGUCUCAGAGCGAGUCUCUCUCAGGCGCAGCAGAGGGAGAAGAAGUCUGCCUCUCUGGUCCAGGAGCUCAGCGCCAUGGUCAGGGAGCAGAAGAGCCGCAUUUCAGAGCUCAUCAAAGCCAAGAGAGAUGCUGUUGCUGAACUGAAGAAGCGUCUGCACUCCCUGGAAGCCGAGGUGGAGCAGGAUCAGCGUCUCAGCCUGCAGCUGGAGCUGCUCAAGAAAGACAAGGGUCGGCUUCUGGCUCAGCUCACUGCUCAAGAAUCUGUGAUCGACGGCCUCCGGGCAGAGAGGAAGAUCUGGGGCCAAGAACUCGCCCAGCAAGGCGCAUCGCUGGCUCAGGAUCGCGGCCGCCUGGAGGCCAGGAUCGAGGCGCUGACCACUGAGGUGGAGUCGCAGAGACAACAGCUGGAGAGGAAUGACGACGCUCUGAAGAUCAAGUCAAAGAUCAUCGAUGAUCAAACGGAAACUAUCAGGAAGCUCAAAGAGUCCAUGCAGGAGCGAGAAGAGCAGACCCGCAGGCUUCGAGAGGAGGCGGCCCAAGUCCGGAAAAGACACGAUGAGGAGACGGCUGAGCUUCAGGAGCAGGUGGAGCACCUGAGCCUGCGAAGGGAGCAACUGAACCAACAACUGGAGUUCAAGGAGGCGGAGCUAGAGGACGUGAAGCAACGAUAUAGUGACUCAAGGAAAAAAUGGCAGGAGAAGGGGGAACUGCUUGGGAAGCUGGAGAGCCAGGUGAAGCGCAUGAAGGAGAGCUUUGACUCCAAAGAGAUCCUGCUGCUGGAGGAGAGGAAUAGAGCGUCCGAGGCACACAAAGCUGCAGUAGAGAAGCUGCGCACCAUAGAUGAUGCUUUCCGGAGACAACUGGAGUCUGUCCAGGCUUCCCAUCACUCCGAGCUGCUGCAGGUGGCCCAGGACAAGCAGCAGCAAAUCGAACGGGCCAAUCAGAAGGUGCUGGAGGUGGAGGAGGAGAUGCGUCAGCUGCUGGAGGAGAUGGAAGCCAGCAAGAGGCUCAUGGAGGAGAAAAUGAAACGUCUCUCCAGCGCGCUGCAAGACUUUCACUCCUAAAUAUUGUUUCUUUUACAACUGAUCAUUUUUACCUUUGCCUUAAUUUAUUAUUGUGCCACAAUGCAGUCAUGAAAUAAAUUAUGAUAACUGCGAUGUUGUGUGAAAAGGUGGUGUUUAAGUAUCGUCACAAACAGUAAAUUUUAAUACAAGCACUUUAUUUACAUAGCUUUUUUUAAAUGAGGGUUCACAAGACAUUAGAAGUCGGUGACUUUAUUAUAUCUACCGUCUUACAGCAUCUUAUGGUUCUCCAUCGUUUUUCUAAUAUUUGUCUAACUCCUUCUUAAUCUCUUUUUUUACUCACCUUAAUGU